CAAGAAACAAACUUUGUAUUAAGGAAAUAAUGUUUGGAUUUUAAUACAUACAAAAAAGUGAAGAAAAUACCAUUAAAAUGUGUCGUCGAUUGGACAGGGCCACGUUUCAAGUCGUCUUGUUAAUACUGCAGUGGAUCAGUUGCAAUGGUUACAGCAGCGGGGCCCCCGACACUGCGUGUAAUACCAUGCGACCACGUCACGGCUUCAGCAGGCCGUCAACAGGCACGUCGCCGUUUGUCGUCCUAGUUUCAAAAAAUACAUACGAACCGAACGAGAGCAUCAUGGUUAUGUUACGAGGAUUAUGUAGUAACAAGUUCAAGGGUUUUCUCGUGGAGGCCAGACGAGCGGAUCCGAAUACGAAUACAACUGAGAGAAUUGGAACAUUCACGGAAGUGCAAGAAUCUCGAUACGCCUGUGGACAGGAGACAUCGCUGACACAUGUGGCAAAUUCAGAGAAAACGUCUCUACUCUUCAAUUGGACAGCACCAUCUGCGCCUUCCGGUCACGUGAUUAUCAAAGCUACCUUCGUUCAAGUGAAAAAUACAUUCUGGGUGGGGGUCAACUCGGCUGUUGUGACGGACCCAAGAGCUUCAGCUCUGAGCAUCCCAGCCUCCCAGCUCAUUACUCCGUACAUCACCCCGUGCGCCGAGGACCUGCCCCAGACGUCCACAGCUCCCCCGCCUACCACGCCCACCACACCCACCACGAUGUCGGCCACCACCACCACACGACGUACACUAACUCCAGUACCUGUAGCGACAACCGCCUCCAUUGUAAUGACGCCGUCACCCCUCACACCAAUGCAACCGCCGUUUAGCACACUGGGACCAACCACGCCCAUAGCGAUGACGGAGAUCUACAAAGAUCCGCAGUGCGGGAUCACUCAGGGCUGUUUCCACGACUGUCCUGCCGGGGCCUGCAGGUUCGAGAUCGCCUGGCGCGACAUGGGGGACAGGGUCUGGUUCAAGUUGAAGGCGGUCGCCGUCCCGGACUCGUCGGAACAGUGGAUUGCCAUCGGAUUCUCCAGAGACACCAAGAUGGGUGACGACAGCGUGGUGGAGUGUGUUCGUACUCAGGAGAGAACGGUCAUCAGCGUGUCCUACAACGACCACAGAAUGAACACGAGGAUUAGAACGAGUAUCCCUGUUGCUAACCUGGCCUUCGAUUCCCUGAACAAUGGUUACAUACAGUGUGAGUUCACACGCCUCAAGAAGUUGGAUGGAGACAACAGAGUGUUUGAUCUCAACUACAACUUCUACAUCCUACUAGCGCAAGGAAUCUCCAACAACAGGGGCAAGUGGUAUUAACUCCUGCAACAUGGAACAGUACUGUUUAUCUGUGCAUGAUUAGUAAAAAAACCCAACCCCACACAAACCCCCAAAAACCCAACAAUAACAAC